CUUCUGGCACACUCCUAGAGUGGGUCCCGCAAGAAGAAAAACAGGGUCAGAACAAAAAUAUAAAUAAAAAAAAGUCUCACAUCGAACGCAUAGCAAAUGGAGAACUACCAGUACCCGUCGUACCCGGACUCCGGCGACUCCUCGCCGCGCUCAAGAGAGAUCGACUUCGAGAACCCACCGCCGUGGGACGACCAGCAAAACCAAACCUACAAAGCAAAGUUCAUGUGCAGCUACGGCGGCAAGAUCCAGCCGCGCACGCACGACAACCAGCUCUCCUACGUCGGCGGCGACACCAAGAUCCUCGCCGUCGACCGCUCCAUCAAGUUCACCACCUUCCUCUCGAAGCUCGCGGCGGUCUGCGACACGCCGCCGCAGGAGCUCACCUUCAAGUACCAGCUCCCCGGCGAGGACCUGGACGCGCUGAUCUCCGUGACGAACGACGACGACCUCGAACACAUGAUGCACGAGUACGACCGACUCUACCGCCCUAACUCUAAACCCGUGAGAAUGAGACUCUUCCUCUUCGCACUUUCCGCAAACCCUAAUUCCUCUUUCUCCUCCGAUCGCGACGCUGUCAAAACCCCUCCCCUUCCUCCUUCCAACGUCGAUUACCUCUUCGGCCUCGACAAGGCCGUCGCUCCUCCUCCCAUCGCGCCUUCCUUCGCCGCGGUCAAGUUCCACGAUCCCGUUCCGGAGCCCGCCGCGCCGCCGCCGGAGUAUCACCCCCGCGCUCCCGCUCCCGCUCCCGCUCCGCCUCCCGUUUCCGAUCCCAACGUCAGUACACUCGAAAUUCACCGGCAGUUGCAUCAGGAGAUGCAGCGUUUGCAAGUCGCCGAGAGCGAGUACCGGAGGCGGAGCGAGGAUGGAUUCGCCGCGGGAGGGGAUUAUUACUUGCAGAAGCCGCCGGAGAAGGUUUCGCCGCCGGGAUACUGGCCGGAGAAGCAGUUCUCCGGCGAGGGAUAUCAGACCACCGUCACGACGGCUCCCGGCGGAGGUGACCAGGCGAUGUACGUUAUUCCGGCGCCGGGGACGUACUACCAUGCGCCGAUGGUGAGGCCGGCGGCGCAGGGGUACUACGCGGUGCCGAGGAUGGGUUCGGAGGGGUACCGCGAGCAGGCGGUGUACGGCGGCGUUGCGCAGCCGAAAGCGGCGUUUUCGUCGGCGGGGGCGGUUAAGGGGUCGGCGUACGCGGAGGGGUACGGCGUGGUGAGGCCUGGCGGGGUGACGGAGAAUGCGGCGUACACGCAGGUGGCGUAUGAUAGUGCGAGUGGGAGGCAGGUUUACUAUACUGCGCCGGGAGGGGUGGUGCAGUAUCAAGGAGUUGCGGAUGCGAGGCCGGUAGGGGUUUCGGUGGCCCAGGAUGGUAAGGUUGUUAACAAGGUCUCUCAUUCUCAACAAGGUUCUGUCUGAUUAUCUUUUCUUUUCUUCUUCUUUUUUUUCUUUUUUUUAAUAAUAUUACAUAAAUAUGCUUUGUUUCCUCUUGCUUAUAUAUAAUAAUACCAAUAUUGUUAGCUCAUUAUCUAUGACUAUGCUUAUUGUUUCACUUUCCUUCCAUGACUGUUAUUUCUUUAAAUAUAUUGUUAAUAGCAGAAAGGCAUGUACAUCUGGAA